GCUAGCGUCACUGGCUUGACUGGGAAGGUCAACAGUGGCUGCAGGCAGCCCAGCGCUCAGUUCGUAACCAGGGUGCCGACGCAUGCGCCUGGCGGCUCCGACGGGGCUAGAGUCGCAGCUACGUUGGGAAGCCCGCGUUUUGGGCUCAGCCCUGGUGCACACAUGCUCAGCCCUGGCACACGUGCUCGGCCGGCUUGGCGGUAGGUGGCUGCGGCCGCUGCCUGUGCUGCAUCUCGGAGUGCAAGGCCCGCAAUUUGCGCGGGCCCCAACUGGCGGUGCCGAGCGCUCCGUAGUGCGGGUGUGGGUGGCGGCUUCAGUCUCUGCAGUUAGUCCGAGCGGUGCGGGCGGCUGGUAUGAGGCUCUGGCCACGUCGGCGCCCGUGCAGGGCGCGGAGGAUCUGUUGCUCGGCGCACACAACGCCACGGGCUUGCCCUGGUGGAGCACCGUGGUACUCACCACCGUGGCCCUGCGCAGCGCCGUCACGCUGCCCCUAGCGGCCUACCAGCACUACAUCCUGGCCAAGGUGGAAAAUUUGCAGCCAGAAAUAAAAAACAUUGCGCGGCAUCUUAACCAAGAAGUUGCAGUCCGUGCAAAUCAGCUGGGUUGGUCCAGAAGAGUUGCCAGGCUCACCUAUCUGAAGAACAUGCGGAGGCUUGUGUCCGAGCUGUACGUUCGGGACAACUGCCACCCUUUCAAGGCCACAGUGUUGGUCUGGAUUCAGAUUCCAAUGUGGAUCUUCAUGUCUGUUGCUCUGCGGAAUCUCAGCACAGGAGCUGCCCAUGCAGAAGCAGGUCUUUCUGUUCAGGAGCAGUUAGCCACUGGUGGGGCCCUGUGGUUUCCUGACCUCACUGCGCUGGAUUCCACUUGGAUUCUGCCUGUCUGCGUUGGUGUCGUCAACUUACUCAUAGUAGAGAUUUUUGCUCUACAAAAAAUUGGAAUGUCUCGUUUCCAGACGUAUGCUACGUACUUUGUUCGAGCGGUGUCCGUGUUGAUGAUCCCAGUUGCGGCAACAGUACCCUCAUCGAUUGUUCUCUACUGGCUGUGCUCCAGCCUCAUGGGCCUUUCACAGAACUUGCUGCUGCGUUCUCCUAGAUUUCGCCAACUUUGCCGAAUACCCUUGACCAAGGGAGAUUCAGACACUCCUUAUAAGGAUCUUUUUGCUGCCUUUUACGCCAAGUUUAUUUCAAGGAAAUGACAUAUUUUUCUGCAGUUUUGAAACAAUUAUAAGUGUCACUACCACUUUAAUAUCCUUCAAAGAUUUAUUCAGAUAUGAUUAAUUUGCCAUUAUUUAAAAUCAUUAACUCUGUGAAGUACUGUUGGUUAAAAUAUAAUCCAUUUAUGUUUGACAACACUUAAAGUCUUUUAAAUGCUAGAAAUGUAUUGGUACUAUGUUCACUUGUGUCCUAAGAAUAUAAAAGUGUCUGGCUCUGUUUACAAAAUUACAAUUUGCUAGAGGAGACUAGAACUUUGGAAAACAGAAAUAGAUGCUCAGUGAUGUCAAAUUGUACUGAACAGUCUAUACAACAAAAGAAUCCAGUGAGGUGAUUCUUAAAAUUUGAUUAUAGGCAUGUUUUAGCAUCUGAUAAAACUGUUUUUCUCUUCAGAAAAUUCCUAAGACUCACAGCGAAGGGGCCAUCAUUGACCAUUGCCCUGAAAUCCCUCUGGUAACUCCUAGUUAAGAAAUCUUAUCUUAAUGGAACAUACGUUGACAUUGGGUUAAUGUGUGAUUUUUAAGAAUGGACUCGAGAUACACGGUAGUGGAGAACUCCACGCACGCAAGGCAGCACCUUGUGGCGGGCGGCGGCCUCCCAGCCACGCUCCGAGAGAGUACGAGAAGCGUACGUUCCUUUUCCCGUCACCCAGGAGGUCUGGAAUAUAAAACAGGGAACUAAGUGCUGCUAGAGACCCAAGUGGAAAAUCUAAGCAUGAAGUUCUUUUAGUCAAAGGAGGAUAAACCAGAAAGGGGCUACCUGUUAUGGAGGAGAUUUUAUAAACUUGUUUAUUUGGAAGCAUUAAGUACUCCAAUGGGUUAAAACUAUGGUUAGAUGUUUAAUAUAAGAAACAAUUCACAGGUAAUAUAAAUUGUGGACCCAGCUGUGUACUUGUUGAACUAAAAAAUGUGAUAAAAUUCUGGUUGAGAUUUUUAGGAAUAAAUUCGACAGACAUUUGAGAAGAUUAUAAAUUUUCACUGUAUUGGAAUGUGAACUAGAUUCUGAGAUUCUAGAUUCUCCAUCUUACGUUUUUUGAUAAAAUAAAAACUAAAGUGAAAUUAUUGAUAACUAGUCAUUUCUUGAGUAAUAUCUGUCAUGUCUUAGCCAUGUCGGCUGCCUGAUUACUGCAGUUCACUGAGAGCACAGAGCGGCGGAGUCUGGGUUCUCUUUUCCUGACUCCCCAGGCCUGGUUGAGGACUGUCCAACUGAGAACACUGUGCUUCCCAGUACAUACGGUCGGUCCUCUUUGGCAGAUUUUGUAUUUGACAGUUUGCCAAUCUGCUAAGACUUAUUUGAAUGCCCAAAUCAAUACUCACAGUACUUCUGAUGACAUUCUUGGGCAUACACAGAAGAGUAAAACAUUCGAGUAACCUGAGGCACACUUUUCCCUCAAACAAGGCAGUGCUGUGCCUUCAUGUUUUGUUUUUCAAACUGUAAAUAAGUGUCCUUUUUCUUGUGUAUUUAGUGCUUUUUUUUCUCAUUUUUGUGCUUUUUUGUUAGAUUAUUUGUCUAUUUAAAAUGGCCUCUGAGUGUCAUGCUGAAGUGCCAGCUAGUGAAGUUUCUUAAGGAGAAAAUACCUGCAUUAGAUAAACUUCAGUCAUGAGUUCUGUUGGCCAUGCUUUUAAUGUCAACGAGUCAAUGAUAUAUUGUAUUGAUGGUCAGUAAGGGUGAGCAGGGGCUUGCAGGGGCUGAACCCUGUAGGAACAACAGUACAGUAUUCACGAGUUCUGUCUUUGUGCCGACUCGACAGAGUGCAGCUACCUCAAAUAACUGUAAUGUUUGCAAUCAAGGAAACAGACAGAAAUGUGUGUGCUCUUUUAUAGCAAAAAGAGGAGAGGAAAUUGGAGAAAAAGUUUGGAUAUCUCUGGAACAAAUUGGCCCUUGGUAUGUGUAUCAUCACUGUGUACUGAUUCAGAUAUUUUUCUCAUGAUGGGGUGAGGGAAUUCAGCCCACUUCCUUUGUCCUCAAAGAUGUUUAUCAUUUUCUUAAAAGUGAAAAAUAAGGGAAUGCUUGACUCCUUUUCAAAUAGGUGAAUCUCCUUUCAAGAACAUACUUUACCCGGUUUAUUGUGAUUCCCCUCGAUCUCAAAUUGUACAUUUGUAUCUUUUUUCCAAUGUGUAUUUUACCUAAUUUCCUGUUGCGCUGCCAUUUUCAAACUUUUUGAAUUGCUCCUCAAAGGCAUACAAUAAAUUUAUUUGAGAAUAAAA